AUGAACCACCUCUGGCUUGAGCAAGAGAUAGCGUAUCAGCUGGAUCUAGCCAGAGUCUGGCUGACUAGAACAGACGGCACUACUGACGAGGAAUGGGCAAAUCUUCGUCUUUACGAGGAUUCUGGUAGCUGCGUGCGCAUCUCCGUGCGCGUCCCCGAGGACCGUCGUGAUAAUUGUCUGCGCAUAGUAAAGGCACGCACCUCUGAUCCACUCCUUCUCACUGACGGCGCCGUGUCAAUCGAGGCAUCUCUCUCGUCUGAGUGUCGUCGGUCCCUCCGAACUCGACAUCCAGAUCGUUCAUUCGCCGUGCGCAAAUACACCCUGAUUUACACUCCAUACGGGCCACAACGAGAUCGUGUCAGUUUCACACUCGACAGUGUCAAUCUUGACUGCCAGGCCGCUACGCGCAAAGAACCACUUGGUGUCAUCACACCCAUACACUUGUGCGAAGAGGUCAUUGAGUCUGCGCACAAAUUACGACAAAUACGGAUCGAGUCAGACCGCCAAUGCUUUGGCAUUGUGGAAUGCAAAGCGGAAGGAGAGGAUAAUAUGUCACCAUUAAGGCAACAGAGCGAAGGGGCGGGCAAUGAGGAGAGUCACCGAGAUACGCAACUGGCGUACGGUACUCAAGUUGUACACCGUAUACGUACACCAAGCAAAAGCACCGAAAAGGAGACUGAGCUGCGGCGGAGAAUUACGAAUGAAGAUGCCAAACGACAUAAUUUAUUGAGUCUGCUCCACAAGGGCUCAAAGCCUCCUGCCCAUCAAGAGAGUGUUCCCAUGAAUGAGCAACGCCCAAUGGGUCUGGAAGGUGAGCCGCAGGCAAUGCGUGAAGAUCAACCGAAUGCAGGGCCUUCAAAUGGAUCGAACAUAUUUCCCAACACUGCGGCCCAUACCGUUGCGCCGAAGGCACCCUCCGCGGGUGGCUUCACACGGACCUCAACUGGUCGCGCAUCCAACGAACGUGCCGCACUACCACCCGCCGAUCGAAUGCAAUCAACACGCCUACCACCAUCCUAUCCGCGAGGUGAUGCAAUUGAGAAGCUUUCUGCAUCUGCGACCAGAAACGGCAAUAGCUUAUCAAUCAUCGGGCAAGGUGAGACGUCUCCAGAGGGGCCUAAAACUAUCAAAUCAGGGCAACCUUCAAGAACGCAUACCGACAAGGGUUUCUUGUCAGAUCUGGAACCUGAGUGGCUAAGAAAUACAUGUCUUGCGGAUGGUUGUGGCAGAGUGCCUGGAGCACAACAGAAGUUGCUGUCGAGUUGGCAAAAGCACAGGACUGGUACCAAUGAUCGCUUCCCUGAUGCGAAUAUACCCAUCGACGUGCUGAAGGCAUUGAAACAAUUCGAGUUGAAUGCUACGUCAUCUGACCCUGAUUCAUCAGACGAAGUAGACAGCUCAGCUUCCAACGCUCAUUCACCCGAAAAGGAGAAUAGCACGAUUGACGAUGAAGAGGACAGCACGGCUUCCAGAGCUAACUUGCCAGCUGAAGAGCACGAAAAUCUCUCUGAUGAGGAGGACGAUAGCCCCGUAUCUUGGUCGAGCACCCCUGCUGCCGAAUCCCCGAAAGCACCAUUCAGGCGCGGGCCUGCUCUACCCCCAGAUUCCAGUCUCCCGGACAAGAGUACAGCCAGCCAGAGUGAGCUUCGAGAGGAAAGCUUUGUUCAAGAGGCUCAGCGCGUUGUGUUUCUUCAAUCAUCCAAUGAAGAACCGAUGGACCAUCACUUGUCACCGCCUCUGGUUCCUGAUAGGGAUGAUUCUGACAUGGACAUGGAGCUGGACGUACCGCGUGGAUUAGAGGAUCGUAUCCCGACCCGGAACGUUGCCCCAGGUGCUACAGCUAUCCAGCAAGCGGCGAUUGUGCAGGUGAAAGAAACGCCUUACCCUAAACACAGGGGUCAAGCACCCUCUGGCAAUGCCAUUGUCGUAGCUCAUGCACAACAACAAAACUCGAGCGGGACCUCCAAAGCUACUUCUUCUACAUCCAUCAUAUAUGGGACCUACCACGACCCAAGCUCUUCAGCUAAGAGCGUUGCUCGUGACACCGAGGUUGGGCCAUCUAACUUCGCUGUGCCUGUAUCAUCGAAUGACGGUCCUAAAGACAUUGUUGAGCCCGAAAACAAUAUUCCACUCUACUCGGCGGAUUACACGCCUGCUCCUAAUGCUGAGCCAGUCGAUGUCCUCAUGAAAGGCGCAAGGGAUGAACCGCAGCCAAGCCCACAUCUUGAAGACGAGCGACAGCGUACGCAUACUUUAACAUCGCCUUUGAAACCUCUUGACGACUCAAACCCACGUCCUGAACUCGAGCGAACAGCUGCGAAUGAUCAGCUGUCACUCUUGGUGUCACCAGGUCAAACUCCUGUGUCUGGCCAAAGAUCGCACUCAGGGGAAGAUCCGGUUGUUGGUCCAUCUUAUGCCAAGCGAAAGUUCAACCAGUCCCCUUCGACGCAAGGUCGCCGUCCAUCAAAACGAGGAAAGAUUCCCAAGUACAUGGGGUUUGGCACUAAGCCAACGACGGAUUUCAACGAAGUUCUCCGAGGAGUUAAGAAAGCGCAUUAUGAAGAUUUUAUACAGAGGGAAAGGACCGUAUCUCUAGCCAGCAGUAUUUCUGGCAGUGAUGCAAAACCAGGGGCUCAGUCUACCUUAUCUCCAAGUUCGCAGAAAGCUGAUAACAGAUUCGACGAACCGCUGGCCAAUUUACAAGAGCGUUCUAUUAUCGAUAUGAAGCCAUCAAAGCGAGAAAGUCCUGCUGCAACGACGGUUUCAUUACCCAAACCUAAGAAACGCAACUUCAGCAGUGUUGACGAAUUCGACAAGGCACUAAGUAUAACAAUGGAGGGGCACGAAAGAUCAAAUGUCGAACCAUCUGAUGACGAGCCAUCAUCACCUGCAACAAAACGUCCGCGAUCGAAACAAAGUGUGCUCGAAAGUGAUACAAAAGACACUGAUCAGAAUCCAUUCCUGGGUCCUCCGCCAGCGCUGGAGCUACCUGUAGAUGUUGAUAUGAAAAUUGAUGCCGAUCUUGAGAACGGCAGUAUCGAGUCCACCUUAGAUCGAAACGCGGGCGUUGACAGAAUUGUUGCUGACCACGCUAUAAGCGACUACGAUUGCUCUCGCCGCUCGCAGGCACCUUCCUCACGUCUAUCUGACAUGCCUUCCAAGGUGGCGCCAUUGGCGACAACGUCAAAGGAGGGAAACACAUCCAUGCCUUCAAGCACCCAAUCGACAACCAUAUUUGAGACCUUCAAAGCCACGUAUCCCGCUUAUACAGGGGAUACCCGACAUUUUCUGGGCCAAUGUAAGCAGAUGGAGAAACUCGACGAGCAAGACAAAAUGGUGCCCAAGUGGCAAUGGGAUGACUUCAUUAUCCGCAAUCGAACAGACUACAGGGACUACGCAAACCAAUGCUUGGACAAUGGAGAAGAUGCCGAACCCUACUAUCGCUUCUACAAGGACAAUAUUCGGGAUACGCUGUACACGGAGGGUGUUGUUGAGAGCAGGAAGACUUUGGCUGCUGCUAUCCAUGAGCUCGAGGGUGGGCCAGCUGCGAAUGCCACUGUUACGACCGCAAAAGGAACGGGGGCGAGGAUGCCCGAGGCUCCUGCUGCUUUUACUAGUGCAAGUUCCACAGCGAAGACUUCUGUUGCCCGAGGCUCUAGUGUCAAGGCUUCCACUGCAGAGACACCUAUUUCAAAGGCACCUGCAAGGAACCAAGCUACGGUCAAGGCACCCAGUCCUCUUCCAAUUGCUCAAGGAAAACCAAGACAGUCGCUCCCGUCAGCCUUCAACAAAAGCUCCGGGGCGAAGACAGGCACAGCGCCCAAGCCUAACAAAGAGCGCCCAAGGCAGUCUCUCCCAGCAUCAUCGAGAAGAGCCCUCCCUUCCUUGCCUUCUUCCAGCUCCAUACAUGAGUCUACGCCUGCGAAACAACCUAGUGGGCUCUCGACAUCCACUAAUAUGUCUACACGUCGUUCAAGGUUACAGCGAAUGAGCAGCGGGUCGCGCAACCCGACGGAGCCUACAGGUGAUCCCUAUCGUGACUUUGUUUUCGGACUGAACCGGGCCACGUCUUUCACAGGAAGCACGAAUGUCGAUCCUGAUCCGCGGAACAAGUGGCCAGGGAAUCUACAUGUCAGGCCAGCCGCAGAAGUGAAGAAGAAAGGAUAUGAUGUGCUGGCCUGGAAGGAUGAUUUAUGA